CGAUCAUUAAAUGCAAUUCUGUAUAUAGUCGGCCCUUGAGUCCAGGGGAGUCAUCAUUCUGACUCGAUCGCACUUCGAGAAAGGAAGCAAAAGUUUCAGCAAUGGCGAAAAGAACAAACAUCGGCGCGGUGAUUCAUGGCGUUGACGAUAUGCGGAUGGAGCAAGUCCCGAUACCAACGCCGCGCGAUAACGAAGUCCUGCUGGAGAUCGACUGCGUGGGAAUAUGCGGAUCGGAUGUGCACGUCCUUUCCCACGGUGGAUUCGGCGAGUACGUCCUGAAGAAACCGAUGGUCAUUGGGCACGAGGCGUCCGGUGUGGUGGUCGGUGUCGGGAAGGCCGUUAGGCGUCUCAAAGUAGGUGAUCGAGUCGCGAUUGAGCCGGCCAUCGGCUGCAAGGUGUGCAAACUAUGUAAGGCCGGUCGGUACAACCUCUGCCCGGAUGGAAUCUACAGCGCCACGCCACCGAUCCACGGAUCGCUUCAGAACUACUAUACGCAUCCGGAAGAUUGUUGCUUCAAGUUACCGCCGAAUGUAACGAUGGAGGAGGGAUCGCUAAUGGAACCGCUUGCCGUCGGGGUGCACAGCUGUCGCAUUGCGAAUGUCCAGUUGGGAUCGAGCGUUCUGGUUCUCGGCGCUGGUCCAAUCGGAAUGGUGUCCGUGCUGGUAGCGAAAGCAAUGGGGGCAGGUAAGGUUUGCGUGAUCGACUUGGUCCAAAGUAAGCUGGAUAUUGCCAAGGAGAUUGGAGCGGACUACACGCUGUUGAUCCAGAAGGGUGACAAAGAAGACGACAUCGUCAAGAAGAUCCAUGGCCUCAUGGGAUGUGCCCCGGACAUCUCGAUCGAAUGCACUGGUGCGGAGCCCUGCGUUCGGCUGGCAAUUUUGGCCACGGAAAUCGGAGGUGUCGUUACAUUGGUAGGUAUCGGUAACACCAACAUGAAUCUACCCAUAACGAUCGCGUUGGUUCGGGAGGUCGAGAUACGAUCCGGAUUUAGGUAUGCAAACGCGUAUCCGGCUGCACUGGCCAUGGUGGCGAAUGGAACGAUCGACGCAACCCGGCUUAUCACGCAUCACUUCAACCUGGAGGAUUCGGUGCAAGCGUUCAAAACGGCUCGCCACGGAUUGGAGGGUGCGAUCAAGGUCAUGAUCCACUGUCAACCUCGUAACAAAAAUAACCCAAUGAAAAAGCUGUGAGUCAAGAGGACUGGACUAGCGUAUUAUUAUGUGUAGAAGCUAUUGAUAAGUGAGAGGUAAUAAAGUGGUUGUUGAGUGUCGGAAA